AGCGAGGCACCACCGUCAAGGUUUCUGAGGAUGUGUUGGAAUGCUCCUGAACAGUCCAUCUGUCGCUAAACCUGGCGAACAAAGCUGUCUACCAAGGCAUUUGGCUUCAAGCAGCAUGUAUUGUAUCCCCAGGCUGGUGGUCCUUCACUGCCUUUCGGCCAUGACGGAUCAAAAAAGGAGCUGGGAACGCUCAAGGUCGGGAGCGUAAAGGUAUGUCCAGUAUUCGUCGCUUUGCCCACGAAUGAUCCUUGUGCUGAUAUAGUUCCUUUCUUGUUUGUCUUGGCAGCCAACCCGAGAGAAAUUGAUGGAUGCGUUUAGAAAUACGGGUGAAAGACGACCGCUUUCAAGGACAUAAGACCUUGUUCUCAGACCAGAGCAAGCAAAGAGAAAAGAAAUCGUGCUUGGUAAAACAAAAGACCUCAGAAGAGAAGAAAAUGUUGAGAACAGGACGCAAACAUGGGAUGACUCGCAAGAAAUUGAACAAUAUGAAUGGACGAGAACAAAAAGAUCUGACAUGAGAAAUGCAGAGGUUCUCGAUAUUCGGCUCUGCAAUCUGUCCUCCGCAUGCUAUCAAUCAUAGCAGUCGCAAGAGCGGCCCUUUGCAGCAUAAAGAGUGCCCAUGGGCGAGGAAUCAGAGGACAGGAGAGCCAACUGCCUAAUCUCUGGGACAAGGAGGCUACCUGACAGGAGGCCAUCCAACCC